AUGGCAAGUACCCAAUUUUUACUCUUCGCAUCGUCAUUAUUUUUUUAUAUUCUUGGCACACUCAUACCGUUAGCAACUUCACGAAUAAACGCUUCGGAUCACACUGACAAUUGCAAACACUCGCUUAUCUUUAACACUACAUCAUCGAGGGAAACUUCCGGCAUUGAUUUACUCCUUCUCGCGGGAUACUUGAAUAAUGGCGCCAUCAACAUAGCAAUGCUACCAUGGAACAAUGGUAGAACGUUUAUUAUUUACCGACGAUGUUAUCACAUUACCGGCUGCAAACAGCCUCUUAUCUUUAAUACUACACCGUUGAAUGAAAUUUCCGGCACUGAUUUACUCCUUCUCGCUGGAUAUUUGGAUAAUGGCACCAUCAACAAUGCAAUGCUACCGUGGAACAAUGUUAAAACGCUUAUUAUUUAUCGGCGAUAUUAUGAUAUUACCGGCUGCAAACAUCCCCUUAUCUUUAAUAGUACAUCGUUGAAUGAAAUUUCCGGCACUGAUUUACUCCUUCUCGCGGAAUAUUUGAAUGAUGGCACCAUCAACAAUGCAAUGCUACCGUGGAAUAGUGGUAAAACGCUUAUUAUUUGCCAGCGAUGUUACCACAUUACCGGUUUCAAACAGUCCCUUGUCUUUGACACUACAUCGUUGAAUGAAAUAUCCGGCACUGACUUAUUUCUCCUCGGUGAAUACUUGAAUGAUGGCAUUAUCAACAUAGCAAUGCUAUCGUGGAAGUAA